AUGGACACGCUUGAAUCUGAAAUAGAGAAAAGAGAACGAGUAAAUGAUUAUGCAAGGUUGUGGAAAAUCAAGCUUGAAGCUGCGCUGACUGGUGGAAUUUUCUUGAAGCGAAAUACUCCACCAAGUGAAAAUGGACCUAGGAAACUCAGUGUUGAUCCAGAACUUGAAUUCUUUCCAACAAUAACAAUAAAUUUAAAAGACAUUAACCUUUCUGCAUUAUACAAAAAAGAAGGAGAUGUAUAUUUUCAAGCACAAGAAUUUAUGAUGGCUCACAAAAGAUACACACAAUGUAUUACUCAUGUUCCUACUGGAAGUCAUUUACUUGCAUUUGGCUAUGCCAAUCGCAGUAUUGCAUUAUUUUAUAGUAAUUAUAUGAGUGAUUGUCUUAUUGAUAUUGAACGAGCAAUACAACAUGGUUAUCCUGAUGAAUUCAAAGCAGAAUUGUACAUGUGGAAAGCAAGUGCCAUGAAAGAACUUAAAAUGGAAAAAAAAUUAAUCAAAAAUACUGUUGCAGAAGCUCGUAGAUGGCUUCCAACUAUUUUGAAUAGUUUAAACCUUAACUAUGAAGAUACUGCAUUACCACCUUUAAACUCAAGAAAUCCAAUAGUACCUGGAUUAUCUAACUCAGUUGGAUUGAAAUGCUCGGAAAAAUAUGGAAGGCAUAUUGUUGCAACUCAAGAUAUUAAAGCUGGUGAUAUUAUUGGCAUUCAAAAGCCAUAUGCAAGUGUUGUCAGGAUGAAUGUAAGGUACAAUGUUUGCUGGCAUUGUAAAAAACAAACUUGGACUAGUAUACCAUGUGAUACUUGUAGCCAAGUUGUAUUUUGUUCAGAUGAAUGUAAAAAACAAGCACAAGAUAAUUAUCAUGAUAUUGAGUGUGUUGUUUUGAGCCAAAUAAUGGCUUUUGAUGUGCAUCCACUAACAAAGGGUUUUAUUGAAGGCAAACUUGAUCCAACAAAAUUUGAAAGUGUUUAUGGUUUGUGUGAUCCAUCAUCAUCAACAACAGCAAAUCAGCAAUGUAUUACAUAUGUUGAUGCUAUUAUAAUGUCAUGUUUUCUUGGUAAGAGAAUUGAAUUUUUUCAAGAAGAUGGUGCGAUUGAGUUAUUGGCUUUUAUGAAGAAUAAAAAAAAUUUAGACCUUAUUGAGCUUGCCAAAAAAUUUAUAAAUGUAACACUAUUUAAUGCAUAUCAGUAUCCACUAUUUUGUGGACAAUUAGGAAAAGAUGUAUCACUGGCAACAUUAGUAAUACCAAGUUUGAGUUUUUUCAAUCACAGUUGUAGUUCAAAUGUAAUACGUACUCAUCGUGAUGGAAAUUUAGCUAUUAUAGCCAUACGUCCAAUUAAAAAGGGUGAACAAGUAUUUACUAAUUACGGUGCUUUAUGGUUUCGUCAAGGUAAAAAAGAACGUCAUGAUCAUUUAGAACGUUUUCAAUUUACAUGUGAUUGUGAAGCUUGUGAGGGAGAUUGGUCAACAUCUAAAGACCUUCUUGCAGCAGUCAUAAUUAAGAAUAAAAGUUUUACUCAUGGUGUGGAAUAA